CUAAAUCAACAGAUUCCCACCAAACAACCUCCAACAUGCCAGAGUCCAAGGUCAUCCCGGCCUCAGCCACGCCAGUAGCAAAGCCAACGGCUACUUUCACCGGCGAUGUCUACAUGGAACUCAUCAACCGCGACGAAAGCGCCGUCAUCGCAAACGUUACCUUCACCCCAUGCGCUCGGACGCAUUGGCACACCCACGUCGGAGGACAGAUGAUUAGAGUGCUGGCCGGUAGCGGAUGGGUCUGCGACAAGGGCGGCGAGGCGAAGCGAAUCAACGCUGGAGACACUGUUUGGGCUCCUCCGGGCACGACUCACUGGCACGGCGCCGAUGAUGGAAGCAUUAUGACGCACUUUGUUGUUGGCAUUGGAGAAACGAAGUGGCAUGAGGCUGUCACCGAUGAGGAUUACAAGAAGCGGUCCGAAUGAGUUCAGCAUCAUUGUGUUUUGGAAGCCUUCAUCUUGAGAGCUCUCUAGAGAGUUUCUGACACCUGGAUAUCUAGGGCGAUGCUUUCAUCUGAAAUACACAGAUA